UAAAGAAGAGAUGAAACAUUAUUCCCUGAUGUAUCUGUGCAGAUGUUUCCAGAGGACCUUGGUGCAUGUUGGUGGACUGAAUGGGGAAGAACUGCCUUUCAGUGGGCAGGCACUGUCCAAUCAGUAGGGGACCAGAUAGAGCACAAAGGGUGGAGGUGAGGUGGUUUCUUCAUGUUGCCAACAUGUUCUUCCCUUUGGACAUCAGGACAACAGGAACUUUGUAUUCCAGGACUUGCAUCUAUGGCCUUUGCUCUUAGAGGGAUGACAAUUACAUAACUGGCUUGAUUGGGCCACAUGGCUGGCAUCGCGGCAUCUCCAGUUUGCAGUCUGCCUGUUGUGGGACUUCUCAGCUGCAAUAAUUGAGAAGGACACACACUCACCAUGUGGCUCUACCUGUUAGCCCUUGUGGGCCUGUACCACCUUGUGCGCUGGUACCGAGAGAGGCAGGUGGUGAGCAACCUCCAAGACAAGUAUGUGUUCAUCACGGGCUGUGACUCGGGCUUCGGGAACCUGCUGGCCAGACAGCUGGACAUGCGAGGCUUGAGGGUGCUGGCCGCGUGUCUGACGGAGAAGGGGGCCGAGCAGCUGAGGAAGCAGACGUCGGCACGGCUGGAGACGGUGAUCCUGGACGUCACCCAGACAGAGAGCAUCGCUGCAGCAACCGAAUGGGUGAAGGAGCGUGUGGGGGACAGAGGACUCUGGGGCCUGGUCAACAAUGCAGGUGUUACCAGCCCAACAGCCCUCACUGAGUGGCAGAAGAAGGAGGACUUAAUGUAUGUCCUCCAGGUGAACCUCAUUGGUUUGAUCGAGGUGACCCAGAGCAUGCUUCCGUUGGUGAGAAGAGCAUGGGGGAGGAUCGUCAAUGUCUCCAGCGUUAUGGGAAGAGUUGCUCUCAUUUCUGGGGACUACUGUUGUUCCAAGUAUGGAGUUGAAGCAUUUUCAGAUACACUGAGGCGUGAAAUAAAAAGUUUUGGAGUGAAAGUCAGCAUAGUUGAACCUGGUUUCUUCAGAACAGGAGUAACAGAGCCGCAGCCGUUCUUAGAGAAAAUGAAGCAAGCCUGGGAUGAAGCGCCCAUGCAUAUUAAGAAAUCCUAUGGACAGCAUUAUUUUGAUGCUUUUUACAACUUCAUAAAGCAAAUGAUGCCGAAUUGUAACACAGACCUGUUCCUGGUAUCUGACUGCAUGGAACAUGCUCUGACCUCUGUGCACCCACGAACUCGAUAUUCAGGUGGCUGGGAUGCAAAAAUUUUCUAUAUUCCUCUAUCUUACUUACCCACAUCACUGGCAGACUACAUAUUGACUAGAUCCUGGCCCAAACCAGUGCAGGUAGCCUAAAGACAACUGGUUUUGGG